AUGUUGGCACUGAAGAAGAAGCGAGAGGCAGCAGCAGCUGCAGAAGCCGCGGCAGCAGCAGAAGAAGCAGCACGGCCAAAGCAAGAGCCAUCAGCUGAUGGUGGCGCUCAGAAGGUGUCUCUGUUUGGCAUCGGCGGUGAAAAAAAGACGAAGAAUGGAGACGGGAAGACGGGAAAGAAGCGAUCUCCAGGAGAGAUCCGUAUCCAAAAAGACAUUGCCGAGUUGGAUGGAGGCAAGGUGGCAAACAUCACAUUCCCCAAUCCAAACGACUUGACGAGCUUUGAAGUCUCCAUCAGCCCUGACACUGGAUACUGGACGGGGGCCACCUAUCACUUCACUUUCACAAUCCCACCUCAUUACCCUCACACACCACCCAAGGUGGAAUGCACCACGAAAAUUUACCACCCCAACAUUGAUUUGCAGGGCAAAGUGUGUCUAAAUAUUCUUCGUGAAGAUUGGAAACCCGUACUCGACAUCAAUGCUGUGAUUUACGGUCUCAUUUACCUCUUUUACGAGCCCAACCCCGAUGAUCCUCUCAACCACGAGGCUGCAGAAUUGUUUCGAAAGGAUGUCCGCCAAUUCGAGCGGUUGGUCACGCGCACUCUUCGGGGAGGCAUAUUGGAUGGAGUGCAGUUUGAACGGCUUGUAUAG